AUGUCCACUGCCUCGCAUUCUCAGCUUGGUGACUCUUGGAUUGUCGAUGAUGCAAGAUCUGAUGUGAGUUGGGCUGAAGAUUCGCCCUCAAGUGCUCCAGCGUCCCAGCCUGAGCAGGACCGAACGUUCAGGGAGAUGAAACAACUGCCCGAGGAAACAGAUCAGAUUAGUCACAAAUCCCACCCGCGCCCUCACGUAUCGGUUCCAGAACCAGAAUUCAUCAUGCCAGCAAUUGAUCAUGAAGCUUCUCCGUCCCAACGACAAGUUCGCCAACGCAAGCCUACUACUCCUAGCCGCAAGAUGACUCCUUCAAAGGCAUACCCAGGGGCUAGAAAUCCAAAACAUUCAUCGCGACCUGUUCAAAAUGCAUCCCGAGCGUCAACAACGGGCGAUCAGACCAUGGAUGUUUUCCCCCAGGUGGUGGGAUGGUUCCUGGAUAUACUGGGCAAUGCCCUCACGACAAUCAAGAAACCAAUCUCAUGGGUUCUUGCCGCCUACCUCCUGGCUGGCCUUGGAAUUGUGUUACGGAAUCUCCUCACGUCUUCAAUCUACGCUGCACUCUCACCAAUAUGUCGCGUUCCAGGGAUGUCUCUCCUCCAUCUGCCAAUGUGCGAAUAUACUUCCCCUGGUUUUGAUACACCUACUAUCUCAUCGACUUCUGCGCCAGUCGAGUUCGACGCCUUGAUGAACACCCAAUCUCACUUCGAGGAGAUCAUGUCCGAGUCAGCGGCGGGUGUAUCUUUACCCAUGGAUAUGAAACGCUCAGAAACCUCCAUACGUGACCUUCGACAAAUAGUCCGCUAUUCUCAAUUGGCUUCCCGCAAUGAGCUGGUUCUAGAGUUUGAUGGGUUUAUCGAAACUGCCAGGAUGGCUUCUUACGACCUCCAGAAAUUCAAUUCGCAUGUCGGUCGGGGGGUAGACAUCGUCCUUAGCACCGCGCGCUGGACGCAACGUGUGCUUGAUGACAUGGAUUUGAAGCAGGUCUCCCGUGGAGUGGUCCCGAGUUUCUUCCAGGAUACUCUUCUUGCGCCGUUCAAACCUGUUCAAUUCACGGAACACCGUUUACUAGAUCAGUACAUCAAACAUACCCGCAUUGUGUCUGAUGAGAUCGACCGAUUGAUAGAUGAAGCCCAAGCACUGCUUCUUAUACUUCAAAAUUUGGAAGAUCGGCUCGAGGUGAUCCAUUCUGUGGCUAUGCACGACAAUAUUGCGGCCCAGGCUUCAAAGGACGAGAUUUUAACCCACCUCUGGACACUUCUGGGUGGUAAUCGUGCCAAAUUAGGCAAAUAUAACAAUCAACUAACACUGCUGCGCCAGGUCGGGCAGUAUAGAAAGGUCGCAUGGGCACAUAUCACAGCAACUAUACUGACCUUGCAGCGCAUGGGAACUGAGUUGGAGGAGCUGAGGACACGUGUAGGGAGUGCAGAAUUAUUGCGGGAGCAGAAAGAAAUUCCACUGAGUGUCCACAUCGAGAGUAUUCGGCUUGGUGUUGAGAGGCUGGAGGAAGGCAGGACACGCGCCAGAGAGCUUGAGGAGAAACACGUUAGGAGAGUCGUGGAUGGGGUUGAAGAGCACAUCAAAGGAUUGGGCUCAAGCUAA